CAAAAAUUGAAAUUCAUUCCCUGAUGAACCCUUUGCAUCAGCAUUGUUGAGCAUAGCACUUACCAUUCGAAUUUUUAGAUUGGUGACCAAAGUAACUUGCAUUGUUGACAUGAAAAUAGAGGCAUGAUAGAUGCAAAGUAGUUCUUCAGUAUCAGUUAUCCAAGGAGGAACAAACGCUAACUCAUAUCGUCGUGCUUGUUAUCGCACAACUACAAGACAAAGCAUGCCCCCUCGUUUCCGUUCUCCUCGUCGUCAAGCUCAAGACGCUCCUCAUCGUUUGGACAACAAGGAGUUCACUUUUGGAAAGCACGCUGGAAAAACGUUCCUCCAGGUGUUUCGAACCCAACCUGGCUACGCAACUUGGGCAGAGAAACAGGAAAAUUUGUCUGGACCACUCAAGAAAUUCGUCAAAUAUUGUAAAGCAAAGAAGAAAGCUGCUGGAGGUGGUAAUGGUGGUGGGUCAGGAUCUUCUUCUAGGACAGAAAGUGAAGAAGUGAAAAAGUUCAUACGUGAGCAAACUGAGCUUUUGGGAGGUGGAAAGGCGCUUUACGAUUUGAUCCAUAAGAAUUUGAAAGAGCUCAAGUCAAACCCAUUCUUUAUCGAAGAACAGUGUGCUCUCUUCGAAUGGCGAAGGAAAUUUUUCGACGAACAUUUUGAAGACGGUACUUUCUGAAAUGGCUUUUUGAUGUUAUUUACUAUGCUUUUUAUAUCGCUUGAAGACAAGAAAUUCAAAUUACAGCAGUGCGUUAGCGUAUAACAGUGCGUUUUUCGUGGAAAUAUAUCAUGUGAGUGCCUACUAACUCUGCAACUUCUGCGUUCCAUUUUCUGUACCUGAACCUGCCGAACAAGACGAAAAUUGUGUUGUUUCAACCGAAACACUUCAGGCGCUUGGCACACCGAUGGCGCCGACGACUCCCAUGAUCUUGAUACGAUUCCUUAUAACUGUGCUCAAAAUUUCGAUUACGUGAUGAAAUGCGCAGCGGGUAUAGACGAUUCCGAUUCAGACUUUUCCGACGAUGAAGAAGAUGAUGAAUUCUCGGAUGUAUCAGAGGGACGUGGAUGUCCUCACUAUUUUCCUAACGACGAAUGUGCUUCAGCUACCGCUAACAAACUUUAUGACCGAGACGGCUUCACUAUGCAGGAGAAUGAGGACGUGACUCUGAGUCAAGAGAUCCACAUGAUAAUCGCCAUUAACGGAGGUCGGUUGCGGGAAAACUCGACGUAUCAGAAAGAGUUCACGCAGAUUCGCGCGGCAUUUUUAGAUCCAGCGAAGAAGAGCUCGUUGCCGGUGAAUCUGAAGAAGAAGAUGGAAACAGGGCUUUUCACGGACAGAAGCGAAAUUUUGGCACAUUUGGAUGGAGGCACUUUUACGUUCGGCGAAGACGAGCGAGGCCUCUUGGAAACUAUCAGAGACAGUUUGGACCAGAAGUUUGUGGGCGACGAGUGAAGAUUAGGAAUUGAUAAGAAAUCUUCGAGAAACACUGUACAACUACGGCUUUCGGUAGAGAACACGAGAUUCGGAAAGAUUUUUUUGCUCCCAGAUUGUAAACCACACCUAAUGAAUAUAAGCAACUCAAUUGGAGAUGACAUUACUGACCACGACAAUAUUAG